AUGAAGCGGCUACUGAUUGACAAAGACCGCUUGUUCUGGUUGCGCGAAAAGUGUGGAGACACCCCGCUAGAUGAAAUGUGUUUCUAUUCUGAGGAUACUCAGAAGGAUGGUAGUGAAACACGCUUCAGCAGAUACCUCUAUUCCGGUAAAAUAGUGGACUUUGGGAUACUCAGUGACUCUACGUUACCACCUACACUGAGCCCACCUGAGAAAAUUGGACUGAUUAUAAGCGAUACAAGAGCCAAAGUCAGCUGGAUCCCUCCACCAAAUCUACCGUUCCAAGGUUAG